CAGUUUUGAAUUUAGAAAAGGAAUUGUUUUAGAUUGUUAUAGUCAAAAUUAUGUCACAAUAAUAAAUAUGUGGGAAUAUAUUUUUUAGAGAUUUAUUUUAUAAAAUAUACAGACACUUCAUACACAGCCGACAAUGGCGAGAUAUCGGCGGAAGCGAAAAUUGUGCAGAACCCGGUGUCGCAGUCGGAGCGGUAGAUUCAAGAGGUGUCGCUCCAAAGAUCGACGGUACAAGGUUCGUCAGUGUGGGUGCCGGCGCAGGCGGAGCGGCCAGGGACGACGGCGCAGCUCGAGAUACCGUCGGAGAGGACGGUACCAGUGGCGAUGCCGCUCCCGCUCGGGUUCCUUCAAGCGUUGCCGUCGCUGCGACAGGCGCUACAAGAUCCGUCGUCGCAGGUCCAGAUCGUGACUGUGUUGAUCUUUUAUCCAAUUUUUGAGAAAAAAUUCCAGUCUUUUUGUGUUUUUAAAUAAUAUACAACGUUUUCGUUCAAUAA